ACUCCAUGGUUGUUUCUGUUUACAAAAUGCUACGCAGUUGAACACUGAAGGUAUUUUCAGGCUUAUUAAUCAUUUUCUGGCUGGUUUGGAGAUAAUAUUUGUGAUAGGUAUUUACAGUAUGACCCAAACUAGUCUACGGAUAACCAGUUUGUUUAAAACAAAGGCGAUGCAGUGACAACAUAGUUGUACCAACAAGACUAAAAUAAAGGCCUGAGUAAACGGAAAGGACAUUCAGGCCAUUACAGUGAGUCAGUGCUCCCAUCUUGAAGAGCUGAAAUGGCUUACUCACAGAUCCGCCUGAAGAUUCUCCCCAGCGUUCGCUGUCUCUUCGACAAACUGGUGCAGGUAAAAGUAGAGGGACUCGCUCCUCACAAACAAGUUCAACUGAGGUCCAAACUAGUGGAUGACAGAGGGGUGAUUUUCAAGGCUUCUGCGCUGUACAAAGCAGAUGAAACUGGCCAGGUGGAUGUCUGCCGUGCACCGUCUCUGGGAGGAAGUUACACCGGAGUGGAGCCCAUGGGUUUGUUUUGGGCCUUGGCACCGGAGACUCCAAACAGUAAACUCCUGAAGAAGAAUGUGCUCAGCCCAACACUGGUGGAGAUAGAAGCGCUUUGUGGAGAGUCUGGUGAGGUCUUAGCCUCUGAAACCAACGAGAGAAGAUACAUGACAGAGGGGAUGAAGAGAAUACCUGUGGAAGAGGGAAGAAUACGAGGAGUCCUCUUCGUACCACCAGGAAAGGGUCCAUUCCCAGGAAUAGUGGAUAUGUACACAUUUGGUGGCCGUCUUACUGAGCCCAGAGCCAGCCUCUUGGCAAAUAAAGGUUUUGUUGUUCUGGCGCUGGCCUAUAUGGGCUACGAGGAUUUACCAAAAGGCCCCAAAAAGUUGGAUUUGGAGUACUUUGAAGAGGCUGUAACAUAUCUGAGGAAACAUCCAGAGGUUAAAGGUCCUGGGAUUGGCAUCCUAUCAUUGUCUCACAGUGGCGGUUUGGCUUUGGCCAUGUCAUCGUUCCUCUCUGGGAUCUCAGCGACCGUCUGUAUUAAUGCCUGCAAUGCAAACACUGUGAUCCCUUUGCACUACAAAGACUUAGUUAUACCUCCGCUCCCCCCCGUCAUAGAGAAUGUUAAAUUCACAGACUCUGGGCUUGUAGAUAUUCGCGAUGCCUUACCUGACCCUUCCUUGGAAAAGAACAGGUCGUCGCUGAUUCCAAUUGAACGUGCCAGCUGCCACUUCCUGUUUGUGGUCUCUGAAGAUGACCACAACUGGAACAGUGCUUUUUUUGCCAAGCAGGCUGCUGCAACGCUGAGAAAUAAUGGCAAAGAGUCUUUUAUGGUGGUGUCGUACCCUAAAGCUGGACACUUUUUGGAAGUCCCUCACAUGCCGUAUUGUCCAUCUGGGUUUCACGGAGCAGUCGGGACCAAUGUGCUGUUUGGUGGGGAGCCAAAAGCCCACGCCGAGGCUCAGCUGGACCUGUGGGAAAGAGUCCAGGAGUUCUUCAAGAGACACUUGAACAACAAGAGUGCUUUAUAGCAAGCAGUGCUGCAUCAAGUGCAUCGAGCAUCCCAGAAUGGCCGUCAUUAGCAAUGCUUAACCCUGCCUUUAGGUAUCUAAUGAAUGGGAUUAUCAAAGGGGUAUUAAAUGAUACUGUAGUGUAGAGUAGAGUUGAGUAUUCUUAUGUUGAAGCUUUGGGUUUAAUGGCUUUUCAGAAACAAACUCUGCAACUGACUUUUCUCCCCCAUAAGCUCCAAUAAUAAUGAUGCGUCUGUUCCAUUUAAGUAUUUCACUACUAAGGCGAGACAGUGAGCGAGCACACACAAUACCAGGACCCUGGACCUGAUGCAUCUAAAUGAUAUGUAGUCAUCAUCACUGUUACUUAUUACAGCUGUGCUUUUUCUAUGAUCACAUGACAAGAUGUCUGCUGUGAAAAUGACUCCCUAUAUACAGUAUAUUAUAACAAGUCAUUCAAGUUUUAUUUAUAUACUACAUGCCAUAUGACGGGUAGACUCAAUGUGCUUCAAAAUAAAAACAAAAAACAGGCACAGAAAAUACAUGACAAAAAAAAAAAUAAGAAUAUAAAAGAUAAGAUGGUAUUAUAUAUACAGAAAAACAAGAUAAGGUAUUACAUAAGUAAAAACACAAGAUAAGGUAUUACAAUAGAAGGGAUAAGAAUAAAGCAUUAUUAUUAAUAAAAAGGGAAUAAUAUUGUUUCUAGAGUAAGUGAACACUCCAUGCCUCUGUCAAAUGCACUGUUAUCGUUCUGAAUUCACUAUUGUUGAUAAAAGUUUCAUUAUUUGUUGUUUGGUUGGAAAACUGCUGAGUAAUAAUUUAAUAAUAUAUUUUAUUGACUUUGACUGCGAUCGUAUUAUGACGAUGUUCUCAUAUUGUGGUACUGUUUUGCAUUGAACGUUAAUAUGAUUAUUUUACAUGUGAUUCUGCGUACGUUUGCCGUAUCAUAAUAAUACUGUCAGAAAAGUAUUCUUACUAAUGUAAGUAGAUUGAUUUCUACAAUAUUGCCAAGCUCUGGGUAUGAGAAUAAAACUUGAACUUGAACU